UGGGAGCCUGAUAAGACACCAGCAUACGGUACACGAGCACCCUCCCUCGAUCAUCUUUCUGUUUCUUCCUUUUGGCAGUUACAGAGAGCAGAAUGAAGAGCAUUCAUUUUUUGGCUGGACUUCUACUCCUUAUCGUUGUACAAAGUAGUUGGCAAAUUGCUAUUGAUGACACGGAAGAAAAUUCCAGUGUAAUGUUAGAAGAUACACUAUUCAAUAAUCCAACCUACAUGAAAAGGCACUCAGAAGGAACAUUCUCAAACGAUUAUAGCAAAUACCUGGAGACCAGAAGAGCUCAGGAUUUCAUACAGUGGCUGAUGAACUCAAAGAGAAGUGGUUCCCACACAAGACGGCAUGCAGAUGGCACAUACACCAGCGAUGUGAGCUCAUACAUGCAGGACCAGGCAGCCAAAGAGUUUGUAUCCUGGCUGAAAAUGGGGAGAGGGAGAAGAGAGUAGAGAAGCUCCCUUCAGCAAGAGAGAAGCGCUCCAUACCUUUUACACUGGAAAGAGACACAAUGCGAGACUCUGUUGGCCCAUCCUAUUCAGUCAUACUAUAUUUUAUAAGGAA